CCUGCCAUUUUGGUAAUACGCUCAGCAACCGUGUUACGAGACAGACUGAUGUUAGAAAAAUGUUCUCUUUUUUCAGGGCAUACUAACUACAUCAGCUGUUUUAAUAACUCACCUUUUAACAGAGUCACCCUCUGAAAAAUGUUUGGCAACACAUGCAAUCUCUUUAUUAGCAAUAAAACAUUCAUCCACAGCACUUUCAUUUUUUCUUUCAUUGACGCCAUAGCUUAUUUCAUCUUUGUGACUUUGUUAGCACGAGCCUUUUCAGUAAACUCAGAAUACGUUGCUUCGUGCAGCGUGUCAUAGUGCCGUAUGUUAAUGUUUCUUUCAUAGUUGCAACCAAUGCACUGCAAAUCUGACAUAUUACCUUGCCAUCAAAAUUAUUCAGUGAAACAAUAAUCAUCUGGCUAACGAUUUUGGAAUCUUCGAUGUUCCGUCUCCACCUUUCGCUUUCGUGAUAUCUAAAACGACUUUUUAGCAACUUAUUGUAAACAAAGUAAAAUAAUCAGUUUAAGCAAGCCUUCGCUUCGCUAUACCAAUCUAAUUAACGUGUGCUGUUCUGUUACAAGUGUUUGUGAGCAAACCGAUCCUGUGCGCCAUUUGAUUGGCUAUUUUACUGCCUUUGUGAGCUGCGAUUGGCUUAAUGGGCAUGCCACUCAUGUCACGCAGACGGCACGUUUGGUACGUGUUAUAGUAAAGAUGUGGGAUUUUUUUACAGAACAAUUUCAAAACGAGAUAGUACAUCAUUGUCAUUUCAGAACAUCAGAACAUUUUGUUAUUUGGACUGCGCUGCAUUUGGUUAGUAGUCGUUGUGGUGGUUUUGCUCACUUUCCUGAUUAAAAAAAAAAAAAAAAAAAAAGAAAAAGAAAAAAGAAAAAGCAGCCCUAUACAAUCGGUGAAUAGCUGAUGGUAUUGCCUGUCUUAGUGUGAACAUCGUUGAAGAUAAUGCCAGAAGGAGGCUGCACAAAAUGUGUCCCGCUGUUGAAUAAUAGUACUGUGCAAAGCAAAGACUAAAGAAGACGUGUCAGAUGGUAGGGAUUUACAGCUGAAUGAACGUAUUUCCCAGUUGAAUCUGAACAAGAGUAUAUAAGCAUUUGUAUAGGCUCCUCUGCAGAAUGUCAAGCAAGGAUCGGCACAUCGAUUCGAACUGCCCCUCAUACAUCAAGACAGAACCCUCCAGCCCUGCCUCCCUCACAGACAGCAUUAACCACCAUAGCCCCGGUGGGUCUUCGGAUGCCAGUGGCAGCUAUAGCUCCACCAUGAACGGGCACCAGAACGGUCUGGAUUCGCCCACACUCUAUGGUCCAAUGGCGGGCCUGGGGGCCAAUGGAGCUGCCCGCAAGCGCUACGAUGACUGCUCCAGCACCAUCACGGAGGACUCACAGACCAAGUGCGAGUACAUGCUCAACUCAAUGCCCAAGCGGCUGUGCCUUGUCUGUGGCGACAUCGCGUCUGGCUACCACUAUGGAGUGGCCUCCUGCGAAGCCUGCAAGGCUUUCUUCAAAAGGACAAUUCAAGGAAACAUCGAGUACAGCUGCCCAGCAACCAAUGAGUGUGAAAUCACAAAGCGCAGACGCAAGUCCUGCCAGGCCUGUCGCUUCAUGAAGUGUCUAAAAGUUGGCAUGAUGAAGGAAGGUGUGCGUCUAGACAGAGUACGUGGGGGGCGCCAGAAGUACAAGCGCCGAAUAGAUGCUGAAAACAGUCCGUAUUUGAACCCACAGCUUGUGCAGCCAGCGAAAAAGCCAUUCCCAUUUGGCUGCCUUGCAGAUAACAAGAUUGUGUCUCAUUUAAUGGUGGCUGAACCAGAGAAGAUCUAUGCCAUGCCUGACCCCACGGUCCCUGACAGCGAUAUCAAAGCCCUCACCACACUCUGUGACCUGGCCGACAGAGAGCUUGUAGUUAUCAUUGGAUGGGCAAAGCAUAUUCCAGGGUUCUCCACUCUGUCCCUUGCUGACCAGAUGAGCCUCCUGCAGAGUGCGUGGAUGGAGAUUCUGAUCCUGGGAGUGGUGUACCGGUCGCUGUCCUUUCAGGAUGAGCUGGUCUACGCUGAAGACUACAUCAUGGACGAAGAUCAAUCCAAGCUGGCAGGCCUGCUUGACCUUAAUAACGCCAUUCUGCAGCUGGUAAAGAAAUACAAGAGCAUGAAGCUGGAGAAGGAAGAGUUUGUCACCCUCAAAGCUAUAGCGCUUGCUAAUUCAGACUCAAUGCACAUAGAAGAUGUGGAAGCAGUUCAGAAGCUGCAGGAUGUCUUGCAUGAAGCCCUCCAGGACUAUGAGGCCAGUCAGCACGUGGAAGACCCACGCCGGGCUGGCAAGUUUCUGAUGACCCUGCCUCUCCUCCGUCAAACCGCCACCAAAGCUGUACAGCAUUUCUACAGCAUCAAACUGGAGGGCAAGGUCCCCAUGCACAAACUCUUUUUGGAAAUGCUGGAGGCCAAGGUCUGAUUUGAAACAUCACAGGCCUUUACCCGCUUUUCGUGCAGAGAGUGGGUUAUGGGAAAACAAAUUGAAACUUUAAAUAAGAGCGUGAGGGAUGAAAACUUUGUGUUUGAAUUAUAAAUAAUAAUAGUAAUAAUUACAAUAAAUACUGCACUGAUUAUUUAGCAGUAAGACUGAAACAACUCUUUUUUUCCUGACUUUCUAAAGCAGUUUUGUGCUGUCAAACUUUUUCAUAAAGAGGUCUCUAAUUGAAGAGAGAAGGAAGCCAGCCCUGCCAAAGGAUGGAAAUCCAUACAAUGGAUGCCAGCGAACUUAAGCGUUAUGUCCCAAGUAACAAAGGAAUCAAACUGAACCAGUUGCACCUUGUAGUACAGUAGAAUAUGGUGCGUUGACUGAAUGCAGUAUUAGGUUUCUAGGAGCAGUCUCUAAUUAGGUGACCAGAGACAUUUGGAUCGGCUGUUUCUUGUCAUUGCAUUUUCCAUCUAGAUCAGUUACAGCCAUUUGAUUCCUUAAUUGUUUUCUUUCAAGUCUUCCAGAUAAUUCUUAUGUUUUUCGCAACUUAUUGUAACUAUUUCAGGGAGUAGUUUAAGAUUUAUUCACUCAUGCAAUACUAAAACAACAAACAAAUACUGACUUUCUUUUUGGUACGGCUUAAGCAAUGAGUAACAACAAUGAAGGAAAGAUGAUGGUGGU